AUGUCCUCAACAAACUGUGUUGAGAAUUUUACGGCAAGACUGAUUUUUGAGCACAUCUUAUUCCGGCUGCAAGAUCGAGAUGAAGAGGACAAUUGGAAUGCCUCUCCCAAAUGAAAUAUGACAGACUUUUUACACCACCUUAAACAUACUUUAUCAGGGAAGGAACUCAUGAAUGAAACAUUCUACAUUGUGCUUGACAAAGCAGAGACACUUCGAGAUAUCGAGGCAAAUUUUCUUCCUGCCUUUUUAAGACUUCAGGAACUAACUCAGCUAAAUAUUUGUGUCAUCUUGCUCAGUCAAAUGUUUUGGGAAAAGUCUCAAGUUGGUACUGGAUUCUAUGAGCCCUUUGUCAUUCCCUUUCCCGAAUAUUCAAAGUCUGAAUUGCGGCAGAUCAUGGCAAGAGACAGCCCAUCUUCAUAUCCAGUGGAAUUUUUCAAAGCAUACUGCCAGCUUCUCCUGAGUGUGUUCUAUUCUGUGUGUAGGGAUUUGAAUGAGCUCAGACAUCUGUUAGGUCCAAAGAAUUUCCAAAUGGACAGACUAAUGACCAUAUUUUACAGUAUUGUGGUGGAUAAAGUCGCUCCAACCGCUAACAUCCUUUGUCAGAUAUCAUCCCUUGUGUCACUAACUCUCUUGACGCAAAUGACAGCAGAUGAUCAGAUAGAUUGUCCUAAAUACAAAUGCCUCGUGAGCUUCUACACCAUCUUACAAAUUGCGAGACAACUCGAGUUUGAUAUUGUGGCUGAAGGAAUUGCACCAUCCCUGACUAGACUUUACAAUAACUGCAUUGACUUAGGCGAGUGGCCAUCUGAAUGGAAGAAAGGCGAAUGGACCCCU